CAUGUAAUAAUAAUGUUUGCUAAUUUGCUGUAGCACUUUUCGUGCAGUGUAAUAUAUACUUCCGCAACUUGAGAAGUGAUGGCGGCAAGGAAUCGCUCCAAAAGAACUGAAUAUUUGGAGCUAUUGGGUAUCAAUGACGACGCAAGUGAAGAUGACAUCAAGUUGGCUUACAGAAAACUGGCAUUACAGCUCCAUCCUGAUAAGAAUCUAGAUGAUGAUGGAGCUACAGAGAAGUUCCAGAAGUUGAGUGAGGCUUACCAGUAUCUCAUGAAAGGGGAGGUGUCUGAUGACGAAGAUGGAUUUGACUUCACCAGCUGUUUUGACAAUGAUGACGAUGAUGAUGAUUUUUUCCGAUUCCGAGAUCUGCUGAAUUUAUUGAGAACUCGUAUUAUCCGGACACCAUUUGGUAUCUAUGUGGUAAGAGAUGAUGAUGACUGCGAUUGUUUUGACUGCACAUUUCGGCGUUUCAUGCAUGAGGGAAAUUUCAACAGACACAGAGGGACCAGACCUGGCGCUAGUAGCAAUUUGUUCUCUAACUUUGAGAAGCCACCAAGUUUCUAUGAUGAAUCCAACCAAGUAGAGGAAAAACGAAGGAAAAAAGCUGAGAAGAGGAGGCAGAAGAAGCAAAACAAAAGAAAUGCAGAUCAGAAUCAAAACAGCCGUGAUGACAUUAACUACACUGAUGACAUUGGUGUUCCUAGAUCUGGCAAUGAUGAGAAGGCCAAACACACACCAUCCUUUUACACCACACAGAAACAGAAAGAAGAUGAAAGGGAGAAGGAAAAUGCUACUCCUCCCAGAUAUUCUUCUAAACAGACAGACAGCUCUAAGGGAACCACCUCAACUUCUGGUAAACAACAACCACAGGCAGCACCAGCUGGUAAGAAGCCACUAACAAAGAAGCAAAGAUUAGCAGAGCAGAGGAAGAAAGAGAAGGAGGCAGCAGAGAUAACUGAGCAGCUAAAGAGAGAUCAGGAGGAGAAGCAAAGGAAAGAGGACGAAAGAAAGGAAAAAGAGAGGAGAAAAGAGGAGGAACUUAGGUCCAUGAAAAAGAACGUCUACAUACCUGUUGUGAGUAGCUCUAAACUAACGGAAACUGAGGCACGUAGCAGGAUUAACCAAGAGAAAGAGAAAGAUGCAGAGGACAGUGAGAGUGACUCAAGUCCUAGUAACCAUGGCAACACUGUCAAGGAUACUCCAUCUGUAGAGCCUGCCUCAGCCAAGGUGAGGCAACCCAAGGUGAAGGCUGCUCCUACACUCUCAGCACCAAAAGUCAACAACACCAAUGCUUCUAGAAUCAACAAGGAUAUUGAGUUGGGUACAGGAUCAAGAUUUGCAACAUUGGCAGACCUUGAGGGCCUAGAGAACAUAAGCCAAAAAACAAAUAAAAAACCAAAGAAAAAAGCGCAACCAAACCAUCAACCUAUGCAAACCAAGGUUCAGGCAAUGCAGUAUCAGAAUACACAACAUAGACAGCCUAGUAAUAUACCACCCCGGCUACAAAAGACACAGGCACACUAUUCAAAUGUAUAUCAACCACAGUCUGAGUCACUCAGACCUAGCAAUAUUCCGUCCAAUACUGACCAGCAUACAUACAAUGCUUAUACUGUCCAGGAAGACACUACCCGACAUGCUACAGAAAACAUGUGGGCUUCAAGACCGCAGUCAUAUCGUAGCUAUGAACCGACCAAUGAAAAUGAGGAGGAGGAAAUGAUUCGUCUUGCCAUGGAGCUUAGUCUGCAACAGGAGCAAGAGAAGAAACUGCAAGAAAAGAAACUGCAGGAGGAAAAACUGCUGAUGAAAAAACAACAGGAGCUGAGACAGGCUGAGCAAAAACUGCAAGAGAAACAGAAAAAUCGACCAGGUUUUGCUCAACACAGUUUACCCCCACAAAUACAUCCAUUUAGUGACUCUCCAUCCUACGACAAACCCCACUCAGAUGAUAAGCCACAUACAUCUUACGCUGCAUUCAAAGAAAAUAAUGCAUUGAUAGAUGACAGCUCCACUGAGAAGAAUCAACUUAAGGAUGUUUUCAAACAGAACUAUCAAUCCCCAUUCCAAAGCUCAAAACUUAGUUCCCUUGGACCCCAUAUCACUGACAACGCACCACUUAACACAGUGUAUAGCACAGGUUGUCAGAAUAUUGAAGAUAUUAACUCUGAUAGUGAUGAGUCUUGUGACCUUGAUGACCUUGACUCGGCCAGUGAUGAUGGUAAUACAGCUGAUUUGUAUGCAAAGCCUUCUAUUAUACCUACUGUUAUACCCCCAAUAAUACCUACCAAUAUACCAAAAGCUAGUGGAAACAGUGGAAGUGACAAUAUCAGAAACUUUUUCCGUGAUGGCAUCCAGAUGACAGACACUAAUCAGGGAGAUAGCGAUAGAGGAAUUGGUGAGCAGUUGCUCUCUGGUCCUGGCUUUUUGGGCAACCAAAUAGGUGAACAUAAAUCAUCAAGCAAAGAGAUAAAUGAAAAUGCAUGUGAACCAAUGCCAAGUAGUCACAAACAGAUGCCAUUAUUUACAGGGGAUGCUGAUUCCCCUUCACACAAUCCAGCUGAUUCCCCUGUUCAAAAUCCAAAGGGACCUGAUGACCCUGUUCAGAUUUCAAUCAGACCAAAUGCCCCUGUUCCCAAUUUUGGACAUACAGAACCUAGACUGCAGUCUAAAGUUCCUGUUCAUCAAAUGACAAAUAUUAUUAACCAAAGUAGAAAUCAACAACCACAAAAUUUUGGCUAUAGCAGACCUAAAUCACCCCUUCAGAAUGUUGGAUAUCAGAGGCCUAAUUCACCCCUCCAGAAUGUUGGAUAUCAGAGGCCUAAGUCACCUCUCCAGAAUGUUGGAUAUCAGAGGCCAAAUUCACCUCUCCAGAAUGUUGGAUAUCAGAGGCCUAAUUCACCCCUCCAGAAUAUUGUAUAUCAGAGGCCAAAUUCACCUCUCCAGAAUAUUGGAUAUCAGAGGCCUAAUUCGCCCCUCCAAAAUGUAGGAUAUAAAAGGCCUAAUUCACCCCACCAAAAUAUGGGAUAUCAACAGCACUCAUCAACUCAAAAUAUGGGACAAUUGCCUGCUAAUCCCCCAUAUGACAUGGGAUACCAGCAAUCACAAUUUGGACACAAGCUUGGUAGGCAGCAUGAUACAGGAAACCAACAAAACAUGGGAAAUCAGCAUAAUAUGGGAAGCUUCCGUAAUAUGGAAAGCUCACAUGGCCAGGGAACCCUUUGGCAACAGUAUAUGGGAAAUCGUCAGUAUGCACCAUUCAAGCAGUCAUCAUUCCCAAACCAAAACAUGCGCUAUCAGCAGCCAUAUUGGCAGAAAGGCCAGCAAGCAAACUGGGGGUCACAAAACAAUACGAGUAAUAUGCAAUAUGGGCCGUCACCUAACCCCACAGGGAGGAACUAUAAGAUGCCACCACCUGGCUUUUUAUGA